AACAUGAGGAACAGUAUUAAAGGGCCGCGGCAUUAGGAAGGUUGAGAACCGCUGCCCUAGAAGGAUAAGCCUAGGAGGGGAAGGGAGGGCAGAGAGCCUGCCACCGCACUACCACUUCCUAGGAGUUCGAUUUCCCACGAGGCUGGAGAUCUUGAUCUAUAAAAUAAAUAGGAUCUAUCGAAUUGUAUACAAAUUUAGCAGCAAACAAACAAACAAACAAAACCAAAAGUGUAAUGCAAGAGAAAAGAGACAAUUCUUGUAAUACACAUUGAGUGCUUACCAAUCGGCACAUUUCGCUGAAAUUAGCUUUUUGGCCUUUUGUGUAGAAAGGGGAAUUUUGGCCAGGAAGGAUGAUCCCAUCACACGUCUGGAACCAGCGCGUGGCCUCCUAUUUGCGGACUCGUGUUUGGCCCCAGUGCAGCCCAUCCUUGUUUCUGGCCUGCGAUGCUGAAACCUGGCCUACCCAGCACCUUAUAAGCCAAAGGAAAAAGCAGGGAGCAAGACAGGAAGGGCAGGGAGCCUGGGAUCUCAGGAUGGGACAGGGCCCCGGGCCCUGGGAGCCUGGCCCAGGCCCUUCAGAGGCUCUUUGACAUUCCUGGUCUCCUGCCAGAGAAGUACAGGGUCAAGGGUGGGUGAGCUGCUCAGACAGACAAUAGCACAAGUCUGUGGUUCUGUGGGUGAGUGCAAGUCUGGGCCUCAGUUUCCUCAUCUGUAAAAUGGUAAUAAUUCUUCCUACGCUAUAGGGCUGUUGUGAGGACUUUAAGGGAUAAUGGGAAGUUCGAGAGCAAAAGGAAAGCCUGGCACCAAAUCCCAGCUCCUCCACGAGUUCUGCACAUGCUUCCACCACGGGCCUCAUGGAGACAAUGGUGGUACCCACCUCAGAGCGCUGGUGCAAGGAGUAAGGGGACCGAUCCACAUAACAGCACUUACAGUGGGGCCCACUAAGUGCCAUAGGAGCAUGUGGCAUCGUCAUUAUCGUGACAGCCUGGCACCCAAUAAGGUCUCAAUAAAUGUAAUCAGCGCAACACAACACCUACAGCGAUUCGCUAUCAUCCAGUCACUCAGCUAAGACUCCCUCCCUACUGGUCGCCUCACAUGCUGUCUCCCACCUUGGCCAGGGUAAUACAGUGAUUAAAAGCCAAAGGCUGGACCACAGAAAUGGGUUCAAAUUUGACUCUGUCACCUUGCUGUGUGGAAUUGCUUGCUGUGUGACCUUCGGACCUUGUGAAAUCUAAUCUCCAGCUGCUACCUUCCCAGGUCCUUGACCUCAAGGACACAGAAGCCACACCCUUGCAUCUCUGCAGGGGCCCAGACUCAGGGAUGGAGACAUGCUGCUCACCUGGCCCAUGGCCCCGCCCUGCACCGACUUCCCCAGCCUGGGGCCUCCCCUAGUGGCAGGUGUGUUUUCAUUUUUCCUUCAUCAGCUGGGAUUGCACGCCUGUGCAGGCUAAAAGCUGCACCAUGGAGCUCAGUGAGGAAUUGCAUCGCUGCCUAACUGGAAGUUCAGGCACACAGACCGAGCAGCGGGCUGAGACCUGGAAGAGGAGACUGAGGCCAGAGACACCACACAAGGCUGAGUGAGACCCAGGAGACAAACUCUGAGAGGACACUUGGGUCCCCACUUGGAAUAGAGACCAGAGACCAGAGACCAGGAUGAAGCUGGACUUGGCUGUGUGUUGUGCGCUGGUGCUGAUGCUGAUGACCACGGUGCUGACCAGCACAGGAGCAGUUCCCGUCACCACGCCCCUCCCGACCCCCCUGGGUGCAAGGGGCUGCAACAUGGCCCAGUUCAAGUCUCUGCCCCCACAAGAGAUGAAGGCCUUCAGGAGGGCCAAGGACGCCUUGGAAGAGUCCCUCCUGCAGAGGAACCGGAGCUGCGGCUCCCGCCCGCUCCCCAGGACCCGGGACCUGAGGCAGCUGCAGGUGUGGGAGCGCCCUGUGGCCUUGGAGGCUGAGCUGGCCCUGACACUGAAGGUCCUGGGGAACGUGGCUAACUCGACCCUGCGGGACAUCCUGGACCAGCCCCUUCACAUGCUGCGCCACAUCCACUCCAAGCUUCAGGCCUGUGUCCCAGCUCAGUCCACAGCAGGCCUCAGGCCCCAGGGCCUCCUCCGCCAAUGGCUGCACCGCCUCCAGGAGGCUGAGGAAAAGGAAUCCCGUGGCUGCCUUGAAGCCUCUGUCGUAUCCAACCUCUUCCGCCUCCUCGUCCGUGACCUGAGAUGUGUCGCUGAUGGAGACCUGUGUGUGUGACCUGCCUCCUGUCCCAGCAUCUUGGGUUUUAUUUAUGCAUCCCUCACGUUUCUUAAUUUAUUGCCACCCAACCACUAUUUAUGUAUUUAUGUGUGUGAAUUGUCAAACUCAGACCUGGAAAAUAUUUAUUUUUCUACUUUUUGUAAGAAUUGUUCGUAAAUGAUAAGAAAAGAAUGUUUCCUGUGCUGUGGGGCUGUGGGUAUGAUUGUGCGGAUUAGUUUUCUCUCGCCGCCAUAACAAGGUUUCCCAAACUUUGCAUCCUCAGACCACACAAGUUUAGUAUCUCACAGCUCCAUAGAUGAGAGCUCUGGGUGGCCAGCCUCUUUCUCUGCCAGGGGUCUCACAGGGCUGAAGUCCAAGUGUGGCUGCUGGGAUUCUGCUAGGGAGGCCUUGGGAGGAAGGGUCCACCUCCAAGCUCAGUCAAGCUGUUGGCAGAAUUCUCUUCCCUGCAGUGGUAACACUGAGGUUCCCGUUCCCGCUGGCAGAAAGUGUCUGUCCGUCCGCAGCUCCUGCCAGCCUCUCACUGGUCCUCGCACAUGGACCUACAUCUCAGAGCCUGCAGCCACGGGUCACAUCCUUCUCACGCCUGGAAUCCCUCUGACUGCUCCUUCUGCCACAUUUCUGUUCUGCCUUCAGCUGGAGCAAGUUCUCUGCUUUUAAGGACUCGGUGUUUAGACGGGGCUCACGGGGAUAAUCCAGGACAACCUCCCCCUUUUCACAUCUAUAAAGCUCAGUUACCUCUGCGAGGUCCUUUUGCCAGGUCACAUAAGAGAUUCAGGGUUCCAGGGUUUGGGCUGGGCGUUGGGGCCACUAUUCUCCCACCACAGAACGUGAGUGAUUGUGUGCGUGUGUGGUUUCUUCGUGGGUAUGUGAGUGGAUCACUUAGAUGCCUUCUGUUGUAUGUAAAUCACAUGAAAUAAAAGUGCCUUAUAACAACACUCAUCAUUGCACGUGAUGAGAAGUGUAGACAGCAGGGUCCAUUUAGAGCUACAUUAUUGAACCUGCUCCACAGGCCACAUGGAGCUCAGCACUGAAAUGUCGCUAGUGCGGGUUGAGCUGUGCUCUAUGUAUAAAAUAGACACUGGAAUUGGAAUAGAUUUUAUUUUUAAAAAAUGUUUAGACGGUGUCUGCCAAGUUUCUCCUCUGUAAAACUACUAUUUUUCUCUUUAUAAUAAAUAUGUGGAGGACUUUGAGACUAUGCAAAUACCUGUUACUUCUCAAACUGCAACCCAUUCAUUUUAGCGUCCAUUGGUGGUGUCAAAGGGUCUCAGACAGAGGGGGGACAUAUGGGUGCUCAGAGCCCACAGCCUGAAUGUUUAUAUUAUGUCAGUUGUCAAAUAACUUCAUCCUUCUUCUCGCAUUAUUCAUUGGUAUUCUACUCUUAGGAAGAGCUGUGCUUCCCUCCGUCAUGCAUGUAUUUGCUAAUUGAUUUAUAACAGCAUGGACUACUGAAUUCUUAUUUCAUUCAGUGCAUUAUAAUCCUUUGCUAUAACUUCAGUUGAUGCUCGAACUGUCCUCAAUUAGGCCAAUGGGAACCCUUUCAAGAUGGCUCCUAAGCCCUUUCCGUGUGUCCCCUCAUCCUUUGAGCACCUCUUGCUUUCUGGAAUAAGAUGUUGCAGGCUCACCUUGUACUAUCCCCGCCUCAGCUCUGUAACCAGCCUUUUCUUCAAGGAGCUCUGGUUCCUCUUCGUGGAGACAGUAUUAAAAAAUCGUGAUCUGGGUGCUAGGAGGGCUGAUUGUGACAGGAAUAUUGUUGCUUCUACCCACUCUCUAUGGACAAAGCUAGGAAAUAGAUGGAUGUACAGAUUUUUUCUUCACUGUAAAAAAAAGUAAAAUCUCACUAAUAAUACGUUUCAUGUUGAUUACAUGUUGAAACAAUAAUAUUUUUAAUAUAUUGGGUCAAAUAAAAUAUAUGUAAAAGUAA